AUGGGCGCCGGCAGCUCUAAGCCCGCGGCUCCGGCCGACUCGAAGCACGUUUUCUCGAGCUCUUCCCCCGUCCAAUUCUCCGCCAACUUCGUUGACGGCCUCCAGUCCAACACCGAGACCGACUCCGCACGCGCUCGCUCCCUCGAACUCCAAAUCCAAGAGCGCGUAGCCCAAGAACUCGAGCGCCUUCGUGCCCGCGAACAGCAAACGCUGGCCGAGAUCGAGAAGAAGCUUGCCGAAGCCAAAGAUGUCUCUUCUUCGACACCCGCGCCCAGCUACACUCCCACCAGCUCAGGGGCUUCUUACUACCCACCCGGAUCUCUGGACCUGGAUGCGCCCCGGAUCCCGUUCGCGGGGCGGGAGAGCUACUUCGCGACUGCUGCUGCUGCUGCUCCGGCGGUUGAGGCGGCGCAGCAGCCGAUUAACCGGGAACUGUCGCGGGAGAGCGUGAACAGUGAGAUUGAGGAGUUGAGGGCGAAGUUGGAGGGACGGAAGAAGUUGGUUGAGAUUGAUGCGGGGAUUGAGAAGGCUAGAUCGGAGGUGGUGAGUUGUUUGAGGUUGAAUGAUCGGAGGCCGUUGGAUUGUUGGAAGGAGGUUGAGGCGUUUAAGAAGGAGGUUGCUAGGUUGGAGGAGGGGUUUGUGGAUCGGAUUGUUGGGUAG